CCUUUGGUAUAAGUGUAAGAAUCUGAGUUUGUUUUUUGAAGUCCACUAAAUUUUAGUUAUGAUUGCAUUGCGUUUUUCAAAAUGUGUGGUGAUCUUUGCCUUUUUGGUUCCAAGUGUUUGUGCACUGGACACUUUCAUUGCUGCAGUGUAUGAGCAUGCUGUUAUAUUACCAAACAGAACAGAAAAACCUGUUUCAAAGGAAGAAGCUUUGCUCCUGAUGAACAAGAACAUAGAUGUGUUAGAGAAAGCUGUCAAGCUGGCAGCCAAGCAGGGUGCUCACAUCAUUGUAACCCCAGAAGAUGGAAUCUAUGGUUGGGUCUUCACCAGGGAGAGCAUUUACCCCUAUUUGGAAGAUAUACCUGCCCCUGAAGUGAACUGGAUUCCGUGUAGAGAUCCCCAGAGGUUUGGCUAUACACCUGUGCAAGAGAGACUCAGCUGCCUUGCCAAAGACAACUCUAUCUAUGUGGUGGUAAAUAUUGGGGACAAGAAACCAUGCAAUGCCAGUGACCCUCACUGUCCCCCUGAUGGCCGUUACCAGUACAACACUGAUGUGGUGUUUGAUUCUAAGGGUAGGCUGGUAGCUCGCUACCAUAAGUACAAUCUUUUUGCCCCAGAAAUUCAGUUCGAUUUCCCUACGGAUCCAGAACUGGUGACUUUCGACACUCCCUUUGGGAAGUUUGGCAUCUUCACUUGCUUUGAUAUUUUUUCUCACCACCCAGCUGUGGCGGUGGUGAAUGAGUUCCAGGUGGACAGUGUUCUCUACCCCACGGCCUGGUACAACACACUGCCCCUCCUCUCUGCUGUCCCAUUCCAUUCGGCCUGGGCUAGAGCCAUGGGCGUCAACCUGCUGGCUGCAAAUACCCACAACACCAGCAUGCACAUGACAGGGAGUGGAAUCUAUGCCCCAGAAGCGGUCAAGGUGUAUCACUAUGACAUGGAAACAGAAAGCGGCCAACUGAUGCUCUCAGAGUUGAAGUCUCAGCCCCGUAGUGAUCCCGCCUACCCUGCAGCCAUUGACUGGGGUGCUUAUGCCAAAAGUGUCAAGCCCUUCCCUUCCGAUCAGCUGGAUUUUCCAGGGAUGAUUUAUUUUGAUAAGUUCACCUUCACUGAGCUUAAAGAAAACAUGGGAAAUUACACAGUUUGCCAGAAGGACCUGUGUUGUCACUUAUCGUACAAGAUGUCUGAGAAUCGAGCCGAUGAGGUCUAUGCCCUGGGCGCUUUUGAUGGACUGCACACCGUAGAAGGCCAAUACUAUUUACAGAUAUGUACAUUCCUGAAAUGCCAAACCACAGCCCUGAGAACUUGCGGGGAGCCCGUGGGGUCAGCUUUUACCAAGUUUGAAGAGUUCUCCCUCAGCGGCACAUUUGCCACGAGCUACGUUUUCCCACAGAUCGUCCUGAGUGGGAGUCAGCUUGCCCCUGAAAGACAUUACGAGGUUUCGAGAGAUGGACGUCUAAGGAGCAGAAGUGGAGCCCCUUUGCCUGUCUUAGUUACGGCCCUCUAUGGAAGAGUGUUUGAGAAGGACCCUCCACGCUUAGGGCAGGGACCUGGGAAGUUACAGUGAUCCCUUUCCCCAGGGCCUUUCAGGAUUAGCCUGGCAAAGGGGUUGCGGGGUCGGGGAGAGAAAGAGAGAGGGGUGCCCUUGGUAUCUGUUCAGAAGAGAUGCCUUAAACUUAUUGAAACAGCAAAUAAAGAUUUAAAAAGCAAUGGGUGUGCUAUGAUUUGAAUAUGGUUUUCCCCUCCAGCACUCAUGUUGAAAUUUAAUUGCCACUGUGACGUACGGAGAAGGUAGAAAAUCGAUCUAACUGUGUUUAGAGGUGGGACCUUUGGGAGGUGAUAAGAAUUAGAGAAGACCAUUAGGGUGGAGCCCCCAGGAUCAGAUCUUGGUGGCUUUAUAAGAAGAGGAUACUGGAACACAUAGGUACACGUGCUGUCUCAUGCCAUGUGAUGCCCUGUACCGCCUCUGACUCUGCAAGCCCGAAGGCCAUUACCAUGUGGGUCCUUGGCCUUUUAUCAUGCACUCAAAUAAACCUCUCUUCUCUAAAAUGU